AUGGUCAUCGUCAUAAACACGGACAUGGACAUGGUGGUGGACAUGGACAUGGUGGUCACGGACACGGGUGUAGCCCAAAACGCAAGCGAAAGCACAGACGUGGACACAAACACAAAAAGUGCCACAAGAAGGGAAAGGACUGUCACGGGGUAAGACUCAGCCAUGUGUGGAUUAAAAUACUGAUAUCAGACACUUUUAAUUAAUCUUUAUUAAAUCUUUAGAUAGACUGUAAUAGUAUGUGCAAAUUUGAAAUGAAUUGUCUAUUGUGAUAAUUUUACUCUUAACCAGAAAGCCUUACUGUGCUUUUCUCUCUCCACGAACUUUUAUCACGUGUCCCUCUUGCAACAGUUGCACGAUAUAAACAUGGUCAUUUCUGACAGCUUGUUCGGGAUACUCCUGAAUACUUUCCUUCUGCGGCUCUGUGAAAUUUAAAUGUUAAAAACAAACUAAUCCAAACUUUUGUUCUUUCUUUUUUUGACAUCCUUUCUGCAGUCAUCCAGCAGCUCCUGCAGCAGCAGCAGCAGUAGCAGCAGCAGCAGCAGCGACUCUGAUUAAACCAAGACUCCAACAUGACGAAGAGAAACAUCCAGAAACCUUUUUUCUUCCCUUAAUACAAGAAUCAAAUAAACACUGUUAAUUCAACACCCUGCACAUGUAAACACACUUUUGUCUCACAUGUACAGACACACACUUUGAGGUUUUCACAGAUUGGCUGUGAAUCAAACACUGAGGUAAUAAAUUUGAUGUUGAAAACAAAGACUGGUGAGUUUUUCUCACAAGCUUACCUUCAGUUGUUCACUGCUCUGACAGAUGAGGCACCUCAGGGUGAUUUGCUGGUUUGGUCAUCCGUCUUUUUAAACUUUGGUUUAUGUGUUUAGAUUAUAUGAAGUUGUGUCUCUAGUCUCUUGUUGCUUAUUUUGAUGGGAUGUGACUCUACGGAGUGUUGAAGUAAUCAAACAGCCAACACACUACUAAACAAACAUACUGCUCAACCAUCUAACCAAACGCAUCUCCAAUUAACAUACCAACCAGUGACAUACUUAACCAACCAUCUUACCUACCAACCAAGUAACCAACCAGCCAACCAAUCAACUGACCAUUCAAUGAACCAACAAAAAACAAAAAACUUUUCUGCUGAGCACUUAGUUACUCAAUCAUCCAAUUAUCUAACCAAAUACCUAAUUACUGAACCAACCAGCCAACCAACAAACAAACCAACCAACCUACAAUAAACCAACAAACCAACAAACCAACCAACCAACGAAACAACAAACAAACCAGCCAACCAACAAAAAAACCAACCAACCAACCAACCAACAAACAAACCAACCAACCUACAAACAAACCAACCAACCAACGAAACAACAAACAAACCAACCAACCUACAAACAAACCAACCAACCAAACUACAAACAAACCAACCAAUCAACUUACAAACAAACCAACCAACCAACCAACCUACAAACAAACCAACCAACUGACCAACCUACAAACCAACCAACCAACUAACCAACAAACAAAUAAACCAAUAAGCAAACCCUAGAGUCUAGACCAUUUUCUAAAGACUCAACAUCAAGACUGGAUUAAAUGUGGUCGAAACAGCUAACAACAUUACAUAACGUCUAACAAGUUUGUUUACUCCAAACUCCAAACUAAAAGACUUUGUCACGAUUGGCUCUGAACAACCAAAUCUGGUUCUUCUAGUCUGGCCUGGUGGUGUCUAGUGUGUGUGUGGUGAAUUUGUUGCCUAUUCUUUAUGUAAAUUAGGUGUGCCAUCUCACGCUCCCGAUUGGUUCCUCCAGCUUCCAUACGACCAAUCAGAAGGCCACUGCGAAACCAGAAAUUCAAUUUAAGGGGGGAGUGUGACAUCACCAACUGUCAGAUUUUUGUUGGUUGCUAGUUUUUCGUCAGUUAAUGUUAUGUAACGUUGAUGCACCCUGAGGAGGUGAUCGUGUUUUUUUUUUUUUUUUGCUGUAAUAAUCCUGAGUUUUUUUGUAGAUAAAUCACCCCUUUUUUAAACUCUGGAAGUUUUUUUAUUUGGCUGUUGGGGAGGUGGGUGAGAUGGGUCCACAUGUUGUGCCCUAGCCACCCCUAGCUGGGUCAUAACAAGUAACAAUGCAAAACCAUAGACUGUAUAUACUAUGGACAACUUGGUCCUGCCUUCUGCCAGUAUAUGGAUUUGAAGCCAAAAAGCUCUCCGUAAUUCCACGUUUUUCUCCACUUCCUGAAACCAACAUUGCGCAGUAGUGUUGUACCCAUUUGGUGGGAGAGUCGCUGUGAUGACGCUCGGCUCAAACAGCGUAUCCCUUCAGGUGAGCUACGCAAUCUUUGUACACCCAUAGGCUGUAUCAAGUGUCAAUCAUAGAAAACAUAAACCCCCUAAUAACUUCUAAAAACAGAGCUGUACAGAAAAAAGAGGACUUGAGCACAAACCAGUCUGACAGUAACUACAUGUCAACAUUACAACCAGGGGGGAGAAAAAUUUAUGUUCUGUGUCAUGAAUUUCUAAAGUUUGUCCACAGCUCCAUAAGCUUUACUGGUGGAGGCGGGAUUUAUGACCUAUACUGCAACCCGUCACCAGAGGGUGCUGUUUUUCAGAGUGGCUUCACCCAGGGAGGAGGCAGACACAGUUUAUUCUACAUACAGUCUAUGUGCAAAACCUGUGAUAAUAAUCAUUAUGCUAAAAGUGUCAGACCAUUAGACUUUUAAUCCCUUUAUAAAUGGCUUGUUCUAAAUUAAUAUGAAAAUAAAAUGAGACCUUAUUAAAGACAUGAUAGUGUUUGUCAAGAUGAGACUACUUUUAAACUGUUUUCAUGUUUCCACCUUUAAAACUAUAUGAUUAUUUAAGGCCAUGGAGGCUGAAUCCUAAAUGUCAAAAUCUCCAGUGUGUUACCAAACACCUCAAACUAAACUUUGAGGUUCAGGCUCUGCCUCCCAUGAUGGUCAUUGGGUUAUUCUUCAUCUGAGGUGUGGCUUCAUAAAGUUUAAAAAAGCUGAGCCAGCUGAGUGUUGUUUGUUAGGCGCUGCUCUCCAGCACACGGUAAGUUCACUAUUUGGUUAUAAUUACUCCAGUCACGUUUGUUCUGCUUGCGUGUGAGUAUGUUUUUGGUUGAAAGAUCAUUUUGCUUAGGUUUGUAGCUUCUAUUUACUGCACUGAAACAUGUUUUCACCUCGUUUUCCUCCGUCAGACUUAUUUCACUGAGUUUUUGAGUAUGAAGUAUGAUGUAACAGUCCUGAGCUGCUUUUCCUGUUUGGUUUGAUAUUUAACAAAGCAAACUUUAUUCUUUGCACAAUGUCUUAUUGUGUCUUUCAUUUUCACUGGUGGAAUAUUUUUGCAUUAAACCUGUUUUGUUCACUGUUUCAGGAUUUGUAUCAACUAAAUCAAGAUGUGGGGACAAAGACCAGGUAAAUACCUCAUUAUUGUGUCUGUAAUCACUUCACUUUGACUUCUACUUAUCCACAUUUUCUGAGCAAUGAUUGAAAUAAAGAUAAUUUGAAGAUAAAAAGCUCAGCGACAUCCUUUCUGUACCAGCAGGAAACCAGUACCCCUCUGGAUGUAAUCCUCAGCCAUCAUGUCCACCCCAGCCCUGCCCACCCCAGCCCUGCCCUCCCCAGCCAUGUGCCCCCCCACAGCCUCCUACUUGUGGAGGACAGGGUUAUGGACCAGGGCCUGGAUGUGGAGACGGACAUGGUCAUAGUCAUGGUCAGUAUGGUCAUGAUUAUGAUCAUGGUUGUGAUUCUGGUUAUGGAUAUGGUUAUGGCCACGGGCAUGGGCAUGAUCACCACGGACACGGUCAUGGACACAGUCAUGGACACGACCAUGGUCAUGGACAUGGUCAUGGACAUCACGACCACGGUCAUGGACAUGGUCAUGGACAUCACGGGCAUGGACACGGACAUGGUCAUGGACAUCACGGACAUGGACAUGGACAUCAUGGACAUCAUGGACAUGGACACGGGCAUGGGCAUCAUGGACACAGACACAAGCACAAGCAUGGUCACAUGCACGGUCAUUGUCACAAGAAAGGCAAAAAGUGUCACGGGGUAAGAUCCAGUUUGUUUUUAUGGUUAUUGUUGGUGUAAAUAAUCGCACCAUAUUGAACCACAGCAAAUACUCUGACCUCCUCCACCCCCUCUAGGGGUCAAAUGGAGAACUGCUCUCUUGCCUCAGACACAGACUAACGUUUAUCAUGCACAGACAAGAUAAUAGAGUUUCAUGUUCUCCUUAUAACAGUCAUGUUGGCCCCUAAAGAAGGAGCUCCAGAGGUACUGGAGAGGAGUUUUUUUGUCAUCUGAGGUUGUCAGAGUUUUGUUUGCAUACAUUAUCCUUUUGCUGGAUUGUUUGGGAUAGUCUGGAUUGGAUGAUCCACUUCGUACUAAAUCCUUUAGGUAGGGUUUUAAAAUGCGUGUUUAAGUAGUUAGAAAGGGUGGGAAGGACACUGCCGUAAUCACUAAAACAUGUCAACUGAAAUAUUGAUGUUUUUUGUCCCUCUAGUAUUCCAGCAGCUCCUGCAGCAGCAGCAGCAGCAGUGACUCUGAUUAAACGAAGACUCCUGCAUGAUGAAGAGGGACAUCCAGAGAACUUAUUCAGCGACUCCCUGAUUGGAGGAGAACUACGACAUAAUUGGACCCGGGAACCUUCCUCCUACUACAUAUCAUCAAAUAAUCAGCUCAUUUAACCUCAUAAACCUGACAGUGCUUUGGUUUGUUUGCUUUCUUUUCCAAAUAUGGUGUCAUAAAAGGUUAUUUCACUGUCAAAUUAAGCUGUUAUGAUCUUUAUAGCCUUGUAUAAAAUUGAAUAAUCAAACAUUACUGCUCAUCUGUGUUGCUUUUCUGUCUUUCUCUACAUUCAUAAUCACUGUUGAUGUGAUAUCUGCACAAGCUGGUUUCAAAAAUUAAAAGAUCAACCUCGA